UUAUUAUGGACCAUAUUGCCUCCCGGUUGUCGACCAUCCAGGCUUUUCCGGUCUCUACACGAGUGAAAGUCUUCGACUCGUCACCGCCAACAAGACAAAAUGUCUGAGAAAACUCCCGCGGCGGACGCCGGCUCAGCCGAGCUCCAAAGGUCUCACAGCACGCAAGCCGAGGAGCCAGCGGUUAAAGUGAAGACGCCAUGGUGGCACUCCGUGGUCGAGGCGGGUUCGGCGACGCAGAUCGUCAUCGCUGCCGCUGUUGCCAUCGCCAUCGGAGUGGCUGUUAGUUCGACAGUCGAAAACAUCCCCGCCGCCGCCGUCACCCUCGUCGGCAUUCCGGGCAGGUUGUGGCUCCGCGCGCUGAGAGCCUGCGUGCUCCCCUUGAUCGUCACCGCUAUUGUUCUCGCCGUGCAACGACUGAGGAAGAUGUCGGGCGGCGGUCAGAAGCUGGCUCGGGUGACCAUCAUCUACUACGUGGGCACGACGCUGCUGGCCAUCGUCAUCAGCACCAUCCUGACGGACCUGGUCUGGGCACGACAGAUGCAGCGGGUCGGCGAGGCGAGCCUGCAAGUGGACGAAGCCGACGCGGACACGUACGAGGAGCGGAAGGCGGUGGCGAUCCACAUGGUGGUGCAGGACAUGUUCGACUCGCUGAUCCCGCAGAACGUGGUGCACUCGCUGGCCAACGACGCGCUGCUCGGCAUCCUGGUGACGGCGGUGGUGGUGGGCUACAUGCUGAAGCCGACGUCGCACAUUGUGCGGGCGCUGGAGGAGAUCGAGGAGCUCAUCACCAAGAUCAUCGGCUUCCUGAUCAAAAUCGCCCCUGUCGGCGUCUUCUUCCUGAUCCUGCCCAACCUCUUCAAGCUGAACAUCCGCGACGUCGGCCACAACCUCGGCAUCCUCAUCGGCGGCGGCGUCGCCAACAUGUUCAUCCACCUCUUCAUCGUGCUGCCCAUCCUCUUCUUCGCCCUGACGCGCCAGAACCCGUACGCCUACUGGGCCAAGUGCUCCCCGGCCUGGCUGACCGCCUGGGGUUCCUCCUCGUCCGCCGCGACGCUGCCCGUGACCAUGAAGUGCGUGGCCGCCCGCGGCGUGCCCUACACCAUCAACAAGUUCACCGUGCCGCUAGGCUGCCUAGUCAACAUGGACGGCACGGCCAUCUACUUCCCGCUGUGCGUCGUCUUCCUGGCACAGACGCAAGGGCUCAGCCUGACGCCGGCCGACUAUACGAUCGUGUGCCUGCUGUCGACGCUGGCCUCGAUCGGCACGACGCCCAUCCCGAGCGCCUCGCUGGUGCUGACCGUCAUGAUCGCGCAGAGCGUCAACGUGCCCAUCACGGGCAUGUACGGUGUGAUUAUUGCGAUCGACUGGUUCCUGGACCGCUUCCGCACGGCCCUGAAUGUCAGUGGGGAUUUGUACGCUGCUGCUGUCAUCUACAAGAUCACGGGGAUUGAGGACCCGCCUGAGGAGGAGGGUAUGGUCGGGGAGGUGAGGGAUAACACCGAGCGUGUUUGAUGAAAGAUGAGGAUGGGUUGGGUUCUGUGAUAUGAUAUCCCAUCCAGUUGUGGCCUGAGAAUGGUCUAAGAACAGUAAAUAUGAUUGAUGAAUACAAU